UGAAAAUUGUUCAGUAAUAAAACAAAUUUUGAGGUUUGUUGUCUUUACAGUUUACACCUAUGCAAAAGCUAGAACCUAAUUAUGAGUAGUUGUCUUUACCAAACAAAAAGGUGCCGAAACCCCAAAUCAUAAAACUCAUCGCCAGAGGGUUUCUUCACUUCCUUUCGGCAAUUCAGUGAGUUUGGUUCUUGUUUAAGCGUGUUUUUUUCCUAUAUUUGGUACACAAAGGAGUAGGAGUGGUAGGGUGUAGAAAUGGCAGGAAAAAUUUCUGCAGCAUCAGCUAGGGCUCAUACAAGAAAAUCCAAACAGAACAGUGGUUUUAAAAUUCCAUUUGGUAUCUUUAAGACGAUAUCACUAGUUUUCUUAAUGGGGUUUGUGGCAUUUGCUUAUCAAGCAAUUCAACCUCCAGCACCAAAGAUUUGUGGAUCUUCAGAUGGACCACCGGUUACAGCACCUAGAGUUAAACUCAGUGAUGGAAGACAUUUAGCCUACAAAGAACAUGGGGUUCCCAAAGAUGAAGCCAAAUAUAAGAUAAUUUACAUCCAUGGAUUCGAUUCAUACAGGCUUACGAACAUACCUCUGUCUCAAGAACUUGCAAAGGAGCUACAGAUAUAUAUGGUGACAUUUGACAGACCUGGGUAUGGAGAAAGUGAUCCAAAUCCAAAACGAACUGAGAAGGGUAUUGCAUUAGAUGUAGAAGAGCUCGCUGAUCAGUUGGGUCUAGGGAACAAAUUCCAUGUACUUGGAUAUUCUAUGGGAGGUCAGGGUACUUGGGGAUGCCUCAAGUACAUCCCUCAUCGGUUAGCAGGAGCAACACUAGUCGCUCCAGCUAUCAAUUACUGGUGGCCUGGGUUUCCUGGCAAUUUAUCAAAGGAAGCAUACAAAAUGCAACUUCUGCAAGACCAAUGGACUCUUCGAGUGGCUCACUAUGCCCCAUUCCUCACCUAUUGGUGGAACACUCAGAAAUGGUUUCCUGCUUCAAGUGUUGCAUUCAGGGACCCUGCUAUUCUCUGUGCUCAAGACAAAGAGCUCCUUCCUAUGAUUCCUUCGGUAGAUAGGACACCGGUAAGGCAGCAAGGUGAAUUCGAAUCACUUCAUCGCGACUUGACUGUUGGUUUCGGAAGAUGGGAGUUUGAUCCUAUGGAUCUUGAAAAUCCAUUUACUGACAGUGAAGGUACAGUCCACCUGUGGCAUGGAGAUGAAGAUUUAUUUGUACCUGUUAGUUUGCAACGAUAUAUCGUAGGAAAGCUCCCAUGGGUUCACUAUCAUGAAUUAACAGGUGGAGGACACUUGUUCCCUUAUGCUGCCGGUAUGAAUGAUGCCAUCAUAAAGUCACUUGUACUUGGAGAAAAGAAAUAGAGCCAAGGCACUUGUAUUAGGAGAGAAGACAUGGAUUAAGCGAAUUCUUCUUGUUAUUCAAGGGUACAUUUUGGUGGUAUUGUUUCCAAGUUGUAAACUAAUCAAGUACAUGCGUGUGAGACAAAAUGACUGCACAUAACAUCAUCUCUUUACAAUUAGGUAGCAUGUUUUUUAUACAGUAGAAACUCCAUUAAUUAAUACUCGAUUAUUUAAUAAACUCUCUUAAAUAAUAUUUUUAGCAGGUCCCGAGUUGGGAACAAGGCGCCCAA